CUCUCUCUCUCUCUCUCUCUCUCUUUCUCUUCCCUCACUUUUAAAACAUGCAAAACAAAUUAAACAAGUUAUACAACAGAUUCUCUGGUAAAACCAAAAACCAACCAGAAUUCGACCCAGACUUUCUGGUUGACUACGAGGAACCUCCCCCAAGAAGAACAAGAAAAUUAUCAAAGGAGUCUCUCACAAAGCAGCUAGAUAAAUGCAAGAACAUGAUUGUGAAUAAGAGUAGUGCAGAUUUGAAAUGUAAUAAUACGCAUUACAAUUACACACUGGAAUACACCGAGAAGGGCCGUAUCAAAAGACCUACUUACUAUGUUGAGUCCACAGGUGAUGUAUAUUAUAUCCCUAUAACAAUGGAUGUUAUAAGGUCACUUGUUUUAAAACAACAUUGCAAAAUAACCAAACAAGAAGAAAUCGUAUGGUUUGAAGAUGGUCUCAAAUGGUUAUCUCAACAACAAUAUCAAAACUCACAAAGCAGCAAUAAUAGCCAAUACCGCUACUUUAUUGAAGAAGAAGGUAAUUAUUACGACGAAAAGAAGAACGUGAACCAAAUCAGGGAGAUGGAUGAUCUUGAAAGAGCGUGUGAGGCUUAUUUCGGUAUUCCACUGGGCUUGUGCGAAAAUAGUUGGGCGGCGGAAUAUCUGAUCAACCAGGCCUCAAAAGGAAAACUAUUACGUAGAGUUACUCUACAGCCCUCCUUGCGUAAGGUUUCCUUUUCUUUAAAGAAACUCUGGUGCUUCUAAGGUAUGUAAAUCCUAUAUAUUAAUAGUAUACAGAUAUACUAAUCAAGUUUUUAUUUACAGUUUAUCACACUCCCCCUUGGUUUUUCAAUCAUGCACACACACACACACUAUAUAUAUAUAUAAUUUUUUUUUCUUUCGUACCUGUAUUAUUAUUUUAAAAAUUGAAAAUAAAACCGCUUUUUUUUAUACCA